CUGGGAAGAAGAACUAAAAAAGAAACUGGGAUUUUGGAAGAAGUGGUCGAGAGAAAACAAACGAUAAUGGGAAGCGCACCAGCUCAGAUUCCGACUAGCUUCGGCCAUGAGCUUAGGGCUUGUCUUCGUUGCCGACUCGUCAAGACCUAUGACCAGUUUAGAGACGCUGGUUGCGAGAAUUGUCCUUUCUUCAAGAUGGAAGAGGAUCAUGAGCGUAUCGUGGAGGUCACUACCCCUAAUUUCAAUGGUAUAAUCUCUGUGAUGGAUCCAAGUAGAAGCUGGGCGGCUAGGUGGUUAAGAAUCGGGAAGUUUGCUCCUGGUUGCUACACACUUGCUGUCUCAGAGCCACUCCCUGAGGAAAUGCAGCACUUAUGCCAAGAGGAGCGUGUACAAUAUGUUCUGCCGAAACGCAUGUGAAGAAAUCUAUCACGAUGAAGGCUAGUAGGGAAGACCAAGUAUUCCACUUUUUCAUUAAAAGCUUCUUGAAACAUUAUUAGGUGCUUUAUUUGAAUCUUCAAUCUUGUGGAAUGGUCGAUGUUAAUGAAGUCAGAGACUCCUUAACACUCUUCUAUGUAAGGCGUUAGUCCGAAAAGAAAAAAAAAAGAAAAAAAAAAUCUGUGUCUGAACAAAAAAGUCUUCUCUUAUCUAAGGUUUAGACUUUAGUUAACCAAUCGGACCCUAACUAAAAAUAUUAAUGAGAGUAGGAAGAAUAAAUUUGUGUGGACUCUAAAGAUCAAGACAAGACAAUUAUAAUUCUUCAUAAAGUCAUG